CAUUUAAAACAUGUGCAUGUAAAAUGGAAAACGUUUUUCACUAUUUUGUCCUACGUUGCUACCCUUGAACAGUGGGCGUGGCUUCAUUUUGUAGUUCUUCCUCUGUAAACAACAUGCCGCCAGGUUCGGAUCCUUUAGAAGUGAACGAGGAGGAUAAGCCCUCCAAAAACGUUAUUGCACAUAUAUCACAAUUUGCUGACGAUAACUUAACGUUUGUCCGGAGUAUAAGCACGUGUCUUGGUCUCGCUGGUCUUCUCAUCAUAGCAAGAAGCAUCAGACUGAUUACAAAAUUUGGCUCCGCAGCUGACAUUCCAGCCCGAUUCAUUGAAAGAAACAUCAGCAUCAGAGGAAGACUAAGUAAUAUCACAGAGAAAGGGCUUGAAGUGGAACACAUCCCAAUUUAUGUCCCUUUGGUCAGUCGCCUACUUAGUAAACCAGGUCAGCCCGUGACCCUUUUGGAUGUGCGUCUGGCUGGAGUGGAGCUGACCUCAGAAGGGCAAGACUGGAUUGGUCAACAGCUGAAACCAGCUGAGACGGUGUGGCUCCGACUGAUCGCUCGACAGAAUGAGACCCUCCACUGCCUAGUGUCAGUUAACAGGGGCUCACUUUUCAACACCUGUGUGAAUGAGGAACUUUUGAGGUAUGGAUUGGCUAGGACCUCUCCUUUUGUGGGUCUGGACCCUCACUCUCGGAUCUACUGGCGUCUCUACAAGCGCUUUCUAAGGGCCGAGAGCAGAGCAGAGAAGAAAGGGAAAGGCCUGUGGAAGGAAGAGAGUCGCUGGGAGAGAGCUGCUAACGUCUUGAAGAACAAUAUGCUGGUCAGCUCAAUAAAGAAACUCUUCAAAUGGACAUCAGGGACUAAAGAGAAGUGAAAUCUUCCUCUUUUUUUUUCUUUUUUCAAAAAAACCACAAAAACUUUGUGUUUUGUAUCUAUUCUAAAAAAAGUGUAUUUAUUCUAAAAGUGGUGCGUUGCUGAUCUCAGACCUGAACUUCAUGGAUGAGGUGAGCAGCAAUUAAACUUAAAUGAUUGAAACUUC